AUGGUUGCCCUGGAAACAGUACGAGCUUCAAAUGAACAGAUCGCAACCACCCUACCUUCUGGACUUGUCGCUGUAUUCGUCGGUGCAACGAAUGGUGUCGGUGAAGCUACGGUCCGCCAAUUCGCAAAGUAUGCCUCAGCUCCGCGUGUCUACCUGAUCGGUCGUUCAGAGGAAGCCGGCGCACGCAUUGUGAAAGAGUGUAAAGCACUAAAUUCACGAGGCGCAUUUACAUUCAUCAGUAAAGACACAAGUCUAAUUCGUAAUGUGGACGAGAUUUGUGAUGAGAUAAAGCAANAGGAGAAAUCGGUGAACCUUUUGUUUCUCACCAUUGGAACUCUGCAGACUGGUAUAACAACCGAUGAAGGUCUUCAUUAUCCCGCAGCACUGGCUGUCCAUGCACGCAACCGGUUCAUCUCCAACCUGCUUCCGCUGAUCAGUCAGGCAACAUCUCUGCGCCGAGUCGUCUCAGUGUUCAUAGCAACUCUCGAGGGAGAAAUCAAGAUGGACGAUUUCCAAGGCUGGCACAUGAAGCUCAUGGCAAACAGAGAUCACGCCGCUUCUAUCACAACUCUCUCACUUGAAAGCCAUCACAAGGACAAUCCAAACGUGUCUUUCAUCCACAACUUUCCUGGUGUGGUAAAAUCGGGCAUCACACGCGGCACUUCUGGUCCUGUCUUGACUGCCCUCAAGGCCGUAAUUCGCGUCUUCGGCUCUCUGUUCUAUAUGCCUGCAGAAGAGGCUGGGGAUCGCCAUGUGUUCUUGUCAACGAGUGCGAGAUAUUCGGCUGGCUUGGAGGACCCGACAGCUGGUGUUCCGCUUCCUGGGGAUUUGUCUGUUGCUCGCGGGACCGAUGGAACUGUUGGAAGCGGUGUUUACUCUAUCAAUGCGAGUGGUGAGAGUGCUGGACCAAAAGUGGAGGAAGUUCUUGCAUCUUUGAGAAGCAGAGGUAUGAUGGAGAAAGUCAUGAAUACGAUUAGGACAGAUACGGAGAAGGCACUUGCUACCCACCGAGAGUCCUAG